GUUCCAGACUGCGGCUACUGCCGGGCGGUGGUAGCUUGGGCUGCAGUCAGGAGGCUCUGCAGGCACAGAAGGCUGGCAGGUCUUGGAGCUGGGUUCAUCCUAGGUUGGUACUUUCUACACAGGUUUCCUUGGGACUAUGGCAACCCAGGAGACCACUCCAGGUAGCCAGACAGAGGAGAGCAAUGCUUUGGACCUGCCAUCAGCUUAUGACAUAAGGGAUUAUGUGUUGCAGAGACCCAGGCAGGAGACCAACAGUGAGGCUUUUAGUUCUGAGGAAGCUUGUUCUAUUCCUUGCUCUUCUGAUGUGGAUCCAGUGGUGGAUCUCUGAGGAAUCAUUCCUUGUCUUAGAGAGAAAAACAUCUAAGUGAAACUGUUGGGAGAGACUUCAAAGGACAGCCUCCCUGGUGAAACCAGGGCAAGGAGUGGUUUCCUGGAGGCCCCUUUGUCUGAGUCUCUUUCUGAUCUCCAUCCAAAUACAUUUAGAGGCAGGGAACACUUGGUUCAAUAGGGAGAGAGUGAAAUUGGUUUUUUUUUUGUUUUGUUCUUUUAAAAUUUCAGAAAGAGGGAAGUGGGAGGGGGGUUCAAGAUGGGGAACACAUGUGCACCCAUGGCUGAUUCAUGUCAAUGUAUGGCAAAAACAACGACAAUAUUGUAAAGUAAAUGGCCUCCAAUUAAAAAAAACUUCAGAAAAUAGUCAUGUGAGCCUGUUGUGUGUCAUGGAGACUUUAGUGUUCCUCUUAUGAAGUAUACUCUGAAUUUAGGUAACAACCCUUCUGUAAGUUUCCCUGACUGAAUUGCUUAAAAGUCUAUUAUUUAAGUUUAAUGACAGUUCUUUGACCUAGCUAGUGACUAUUUCUGGUUAUAAGCCUGUCUCCUCCUUGUUUAUUGCCUAAUCCAGGCCCGGAUAUUCGCAGAUUCAGAGUUCUACCACUUACUGGUUAUGUGACUUGGGUCAUAUUUCUUAACCCCUCUGACUCUAGAAUUGUCUACAGAAUGGGAAUCAGAAUGCUUGCCUCAUGGAGUAGGUUUAACUCAGGGAACAGUAUAAGGGACCCAUCAUAGAUAGUCAGUUGCUGUUAUUCUGGUGCUGUUAUUACUGUUGUUCUUAAUAUUAAGAAACCCAAAUAGUAUUUUUUUCUAAUGUGGAAAAUUGUAUUUAUUUCCAAAUAUGUAUCUUUAAAGAGCACUCAGGCACUAAGAAAAUGUUGGCCGUAAAGAUGAUGAGUUCAUCAUCUGGUAACAUCAUCAGUGUUGCCAGUAAGUACGUUGUGUACCUUUCAUUGUCUUUAAGAAUUCUGUGGGGGAAAAAAAACUUUUAAACUCCCUUAUGGUUCUGUUCUGAUUUUUUAAAAUUUAUUUAUUUUUUAUUGAAGGAUAAUUGCUUUACAGAAUUUUGCAGUUUUCUGUCAAACCUCAACCUGAAUCAGCCAUAGGUAUACAUAUAUCCCUUCCCUUUUGAACCUCCCUCCCAUCACCCUCCCCAUCCCACCCCUCUAGGUUGAUACAGAGCCCCUGUUGGAGUUUCCUGAGCCACACAGCAAAUUCCUGUUGGCUAUCUAUUUUACAUAUGGUCAUGUAAAUUUCCAUGUUACUCUUUCCAUUCAUCUCACCCUCUCCUCCCCUCUCCCCAUGUCCGUAAGUCUAUUCUCUAUGUCUGUUUCUCCACUGUUGCCUUGU